AUGGACAGGUGGCAAGAAGCUCUGGGCGUGGACCCGAGCAGUGCGGCAUUGUACGAGCUCCUGGCGCAGGCCUCCAUGGCGGUGUUCGAGGACUUCCACGCCGUCCAGUUCGCGCGCAAAGCGACCGAGUUGGCGCCGACAUGGAGCGACGGAUUUCUCACAUUGGCACGCUGCCAACUAAAUUUCGGGGAGCUGAAACUGGCGCUGGAGGCUCUUCAGGAGACGGAAGAAAUGGCGUCGGAUCGCCAGGAUAUUGAGGACCUGCUUGUUAAACAGAAGCAAUUGCAGGUGAUCUCUUGCAUGAAGCACCUGAGCUUUCGUGCUAAGACCGUCAAUAUCAGUAACGGAGAAAUAUUUUAG